AUGAUUGAUUAUCUUGAAAAAAGAUUUCGAAACUAUUUAUCAAACACUUAUUCUAAAUAUGACUUUGUUUGGACUUUAAGCCAUUUCGAACAGAUUCUUGAAAGAAUACCAAACAAACAAUUUAUCUUCAGUCCUUUGUUUACAAGUCCAAGAUCAGGCGUGUCGACAAUACCAAAAAACGCGACUUCCUUAUCAUCAUCAUUACCUAGUUCAACAAAUUCUCCGCCAUAUGAACUAUCACCGUUUCCAUCUGUAUCAUCAUCUAACAAUAAUAAAAAAAGAAGACUUCAAAGUGAUGAUAAUAAUGGAUAUUUGUCGAUUUAUAUGGAUGCUUUUCAAACCAAAUUUGAGAAAAAAAACAAUAUAAACGUUAGAAAAAGAAGAUGGACCGUUAGGUUGUAUUAUCUUGAUUCUGACAACGUGUUUAAAACCGUUGGGAAAAAGCUGGAUCUCAACAGCACAUGGUCUCUUAGUGAAUCCACGAGUUGGGAAAGACACGCCGAAUUAUUUGGUGACGAUAGAUUCGCUGAUGUUACAUUUAGAUUGGACUGUGGAUCGACCGUCAAAGCAAGCAAAAUAUUAGCUGCAGCACAUUCAAGAUAUUUUAAAAAUCUUUUGAGCGGUGAUUGGGCAGAAACUAGGAAAGGGGAAGUAGUAGAAAUAAAGGAUGUGAGCAAAGAAUCCUUUAAGUUAAUUUUAUAUUAUUUCUAUUCAGGAAAAAUUUCAAUAUCUCCUGAUAAUGACGAUCAAACCAUUGGAGUAUUGAAAGAAACAUAUAUCAAGUGUGACAUGUGGGGAAUCGAUCGUCUUUUGAUGUUGAUACGAGAGCAAUUAAUUAAAAGAUUGAAUAAAGACAAUUGGGAUGUAUUGUUAUUGUUAAGUUAUAAGUUUGACGACAAAAAAUUAAAAGACAAAAUUUUAAGUUUCAUAUCAAAGAAUUAUCCAGAAAUCGACAAUACUAUAAACAUCAAGAGAUUUGUUGACGAAGCAGAAGUGGAAUGGGUCAGGGAAAUGAUGUUUUCGACAUUCUUUGAUAUUUAG